AUGUCAGAUCCUUUCUCGAUCGCAACAGGCACAGCUGGGCUGGUGUCCCUCGGGCUCACCCUAUGCAAAGGCCUAGCCGAAUACAUCUCGGCUGUCAAAGGCCAUGGUGAAGAUGUCAAAAACCUCGAAACUAAGCUCAAUACCCUUCAAAUGUUUCUAGCGGCUGUCGAUGCAACUCUGAAAGAAGUGCCUCAUCUGCAGGGCAGUCGGCUGUCUGGAGAUGUCGUCAGGGUGGUGAAAGCUUCGCUAGACCAAUCCAAGGAUGGGAUGGUGAGACUAGCGGAAUUCUUGGAAGAAUGCUCAGGGAGAACUCAUUCCCCAAGUUCUUCAGCUGCAUGCCCAUCAAAGCUCCAGAAUAUGGGAAAGAAAGCAGUAUACUAUUUCCGCAGGGGGGCAUUGAAAGAGCUUGAGCAAAUGCUCGAGUCUGUCCAAGGCCAGCUCAACCUCUCUCUGAAUCUCCUAAACGUACGUCUCUUAACCUCCCAAUCUCAAGAGUGUCGCCAAAUCAGUGAGUGUAUGUCGUUAUCGACUGCAAGACUCGCCGACCUCCAAUCCUCUGUCGCUGGCCUCGAGAACAAACUUUCAAAUACUUCUGAGACAGUCACCACUCUGUCUGAGAGUCUCACGAUGGCUCAAGGCGACUUUCAACUUACUACUACGCAGUUUCACGAGGUAGGUCUUCUCCAGACGGUUAUGUCGCUUAUUGCGCUUAUUGCAAUCCCUUUCCUGAACGGGACCUUGACCGUCUUGAGACGUGCCUACCGAGCCGUACCACGAAGCAUUCUUUCGCUUCCUACAGACAACAUCAUUUUUGAGGAUAUGCUGGGUCGGUCAUUCAGUCUUCAAUUCAGCUUAGUCUGUGAAUGGCGAAUUUUCGAGGCCUUCCUCAUAACCCGCUUUGAAGAUAUCCCAGGCGAGUCUUUUGUCAACUCUGGUCAAUAUCAUCUGCUUCAUGGAAUACAUAACAUGGUACUCCCGAGGUCACGACGAGGGUGGGCCAAUUCCAUCUCGCCCGGCUCCAAGAUAGUCAUGUCUCUACGAGCUGACAACCACUUCCCGGACCACUGCCCAAGGUGCGGUGCCGCGCUAAACAACGGACCAGGAAGCCUUUUGGUAAAAUGCACCACUAUUGGAUGCUGGACCGCUUUCCAAGAGACCGGAGACGCGAUUGCCAACUUUCUAGAGAAUGGUUCUGGCCUGGAGUCUCUGGACUGUUUCUCCAAUCGAAUCACCAAGACCCAAGAGAUGGACUUGACACCAUUCACACGGAUUCAUUUUUAUAGCCUGUAUUACAAUCCUGAGACAUCUUACUGUCCGAAAUGCUUCUUGGGUUUAUUCAAGCUUGCCCGUUUCCUCACCAAGGAGAAGGGGUUUGAUUCAUUUAUUCGAGAUCAAAUGGCUUGCCCAGACUUAUAA